CUAUCUUCCUCAUCUCCGGCCACUUCGCAGCUCCUAACCUUAACUCUCUCUCUUCGGAAAUCGGACCUCGUACGGUUUUCUGAACUCAGAUUUGAGCGUCGAUGAGGUUCUCCUUUCUGUUUUCGUAAAACGCUUGCGAUUGAUUACGGCUUUUCCAAGGGAUUUGGUGGUUUAGUUGAGGUGAUGACUUCGGCGACGAGGCUUCCGACAUGGAAGGAGAGGGAGAACAACAAGCGGAGGGAGCGCCGGCGACGAGCGAUCGCAGCCAAGAUCUACGCCGGCCUAAGGGUGAACGGAAACUAUAAGCUCCCGAAGCAUUGCGAUAACAACGAGGUGCUCAAAGCCCUCUGCAACGAGGCCGGAUGGACCGUCGAGGCCGAUGGGACCACUUAUCGCAAGGGAUGCAAGCCACCAGAGCUCAUGGACAUUACAGGAGCAAGUACAUGCUCAUCAUACCAGCCAAGUCCUGCCUCUUCCUCCUUCCCCAGCCCAGCUUCCUCCCCCUAUCUCUCCACCCCUCGCAUCCCUUCCAAUUUGCCCCUCGCCACUGAUGCAAAUUUCCUCAUACCUUGGCUCAAAAACCUCUCCUCCACCUCCUCAUCUUCCUCCUCAAAACCUCCUAGCCUCCACAACCUCUUCAUCCACCAUGGCUCCCUAAGUGCUCCAGUCACUCCUCCCCUUAGCUCCCCCACUGCUCAAACUCCACGCAUCAAGACCGAUUGGGACGACCCGGCAAACACCCUGCAGCCUUCAUGGCCGCCAUCCCCCACGUUCAGCCUCGUGUCGCCAAGCCCAUUUGGGCUCUAUAGGGAGGGAAUUGAGAGCGGCGGAUCGUCGAGGAUGUGGACGCCGGGGCAAAGUGGCAUGUGCUCGCCGGUGAACGCCGGGCCAGAUGUGCAGAUGAUGGAUAGCGCCGUCGCCGCGGAGGAGUUUGCAUUUGGGAGCUGUGGAAAUGGUGGGAUUGUGAAUCAGAUGUUGGUGAAGCCAUGGGAAGGGGAGAGGAUUCAUGAGGAGUGUGGAGCUGAUGAGUUGGAGCUCACUCUUGGAAGUUCCAGAACUAGAGGUUAAGGCUUCGUUUGGGACGACUUUUUUAUUACUUUCUAAA